UGCCGCCGGCAUGUUCUCCAGGAAGAGCCACGCCGACGUCAGGAAAUCCACGCAGAAGGCGCUGGACCCCAAGCGGGACGUGCUGACCCGCCUGAAGCACCUCCGCGCUCUGCUGGAUAUUGUGGAUGGAAGUGACCUGAAGCAGUUUUUUGACAACAAUUAUUCUCAAAUUUAUUUUAUAUUCUAUGAAAACUUCAUAACACUGGAAAACAGCUUGAAACAGAAAGGGAAUAAAUCACAAAGGGAGGAGCUGGACUCCAUCCUCUUUCUUUUUGAAAAAAUAUUGCAGCUGCUACCAGAGAGGAUUUUUUAUCGAUGGCAUUUUCGCAGUAUAGGGUCGAUUCUGAAGAAGCUUUUGCACACUGGAAAUUCUCUCAAGCUCAGGUGUGAAGGAAUCCGCCUGUUCCUGCUGUGGCUGCAAGCCCUGCAGACCAACUGCGGUGAGGAGCAGAUCCUGAUGUUCGCCUGCCUGGUGCCCGGCUUCCCCCCGCUGCCGUCCUCGCGCGGGCCCUGCACGCUGGAGAGCCUGGUCAGCCCCCCGGCCGCGCCCGACGCCAAGAUAUUUCCAGAAGAAAUAACGCCGCUUUUGCCAGCUGUCUCUGGAGAGAAAAUUGCAGAAGACCAGACCUGCUAUUUUCUCCAGCUCCUGCUAAAAUAUAUGGUAAUUCAGGCUGCCAGCUUGGAGUGGAAGAACAAGGAGAACCAAGACACUGGGUUUAAGUUUCUCUUUACUUUGUUCAGAAAAUACUAUCUUCCUCACUUGUUCCCAUCUUUUACAAAGCUAACCAACCUCUACAAACCUGUGCUGGACAUCCCUGAUAUCAGGCCAAGGCCGGUGUAUGUCACUGCAACGCGGAACAAUGAGAGUGUCUACUGCACAAAAAUCCCCUACAUGGCAGCUCGAGUGGUUUUUAUCAAGUGGCUCGUUACCUUCUUCCUUGAAAAGAAGUAUUUAACUGCUGUUCAGAAUACAAAAAAUGGAGGAGAAGUGCUCCCUAAAAUUAUUCAGAGCGUCGCCGCGGGCCAGGAGAAGAGCGCGGAGCUGGAGGCGGGCGCGGCGGUGCCGGCGGGCGAGCAGGAGCGCGGCCACUCCGGCAGCAGCAGCAGCAGCCUGUCAGACAGGAGGCUCAGCAGCUGCAGCCUGUGCAGCGUGGAGGAGCAGCACCGUGGCGUCUAUGAGAUGGUGCAGGGCAUCCUGCUCUCCACGCGCGGAUACGUCAACUUCGUCAACGAGGUGUUCCGCCAGGCUUUUUUGUUGCCGCCUUCUGAUAUCUCCGCAACACGGAAGGUGGUGAAAGUGUACCAGAAGUGGAUACUGCAGGAGAAACCCGUGUUCAUGGAGGAGCCAGACAAGAAGGAGGACAGCCAGGAUGCUGUUGCUCCCUUGGAAGACUCCUCAGUGCAAACAGACGGUAAACAUCUCUCCUCAGAGCCCUGCGGGCACAAGCGCUCCUCCAGCUGGGGCAGGACCUACUCCUUCACCAGCGCCGUCAGCAGGGGCUGCGUGCUGGAGGAUGAGGACAGGGAUGUGAAGGCUGGAGCUCAGGCAGCACUGCAGGUAUUCCUGACAAACUCUGCCAACGUUUUCCUGCUGGAGCCAUGCACUGAGGUCCCUUUGCUGCUGAAGGAGCAGGUGGAUGCCUGCAAAGCUGUUCUCAGCAUCUUCAGGCGCAUGAUAAUGGAGCUGUCCAUGAACAGAAAGACGUGGGAACAGAUGCUGCAGAUACUUCUCAGAAUAACAGAAGCUGUGAUGCAGAAGCCAAAGGAGAACCAGACAAAGGACACGUUUGCUCAGAGCAUGGCGGGGCUGCUCUUCCGAACCCUCAUUGUGGCUUGGAUCAGAGCCAACCUGAGCGUUUACAUCUCCCGGGAGCUGUGGGAUGAGCUGCUCAGUGUCCUGUCCUCCCUGACCGACUGGGAGGAGCUCAUCAACGAGUGGGCCAACAUCAUGGACUCCCUGACAGCAGUGCUGGCCAGGACUGUGUAUGGUGUGGAGAUGACAAACCUGCCCCUGGACAAGCUCAGUGAGCAGAAGGAAAAAAAGCAGAGAGGCAAAGGUGGUGUUUUAGAGCCUCAGAAGACAGCUGUAGUAGGAAGAUCUUUUUCCUUAAGCUGGAAAAGUCACCCUGAAGUUGUGGAGCCAAUGAGAUUCAGAAGUGCCACAACCUCCGGGGCCCCAGGAGUGGAGAAAGCAAGAAACAUUGUCCGUCAGAGAGCCACAGAAGUUGAAGAAUCUCAGCAGCUGGAAAAUUCAGAAGGAACAGAAGCCACAGGCUCAUUUGCAGACCAAGAGCAGCAGCUAACUCGAAGCAGCAGCACUUCAGAUAUUGCAGAUCAGAUUCCAUCUGAUUUUUUUCAAGGCAAAAAGGCUGGAAAUUCAACUUCAGACUCCAAAUCAGUUCAAGAAAAUAAGGGAUAUGUAAAGGAGCAUGAAGCUGAGCAAGUGCUAAUGCAGAGGAGCAGCAGUACAGCUGAGUUGGAUCUGAAAGCAGACUUGCAGCAAUCUCACGGGUAUUACAGAGAGAGGGAGAAAAGUGAGAGCGUGAGCAGUGACACGUCCCUGGGCUGUGGAGCUGACGUGGACAUCGCCCUGGUGGCCUGGCAGGCAGCUGAGGAUGAGCCCGAGGCGGGGCCGGCUGUGGGAGCGGGCGGGGAUCCUGCAGCGCCGCGCUGGCUCCAGCUCAGCCCCUCGCAGGAGCCCGCCAACCUCACAGACAGCAGUGAGUUCCUGGCUGACGAUUGCAGUAUAAUUGCUGGUGGAAGCCUUAUUGGUUGGCAUCCUGAUUCUGCUGCUGUGCUGUGGAGGAGAAUCCUGGGAAUUCUUGGAGAUGUGAACAACAUACAGUCACCUAAAAUCCAUGCAAAAGUUUUUGGCUACCUUUAUGAGCUGUGGUUUAAACUUGCAAAGAUUCGAGACAACCUCGCUAUCAGCGUUGACAAUCAGUCAACUCCCUCUCCUCCCGUCCUGAUCCCUCCUCUCAGGAUAUUUGCAUCAUGGCUGUUCAAGGCAGCCAUGCUGCCCAGCGAGUACAAGGAGGGCAAGCUGCAGGCGUUCCGGCUGCUCUGCGCCAUGAUGAGCCGGCGCCAGGACCUGCUGCCCAACUCGGACUUCCUGGUGCACUUCUACUUCGUCAUGCGCCUGGGGCUCACCAGCCAGGACCAGGACAUCCUGAACACUGUCAUAAAGCACUGCCUGCCAUGGUUCUUCUUCCUGGGGCUGCCCGGCUUCACGAUGCUGAUUGGGGACUUCCUGGGCGCGGCAGCGCGCGUGCUGAGCGCGGACACGCCGGAGGCUCCCCGCUCCGAAGCUCACACCAUCCUUGGUGCUCUUGUGUGCUUUCCCAACACCUACCAAGGAAUCCCACAGUUGGGACCCAUCUCAGAAGCUGGUGAGAGCAUCACAGGAACUGGAGAUUUGAAGUGUUGCCUCAUAAAUAUUUUAUUGAAGAAUGCCACAGAGGAGCCAUGUGAAGCUGCAAGAUGCAUAGCCAUCUGUGGCCUCGGCGUGUGGAUCUGCGAGGAGCUCACGCAGUGCACAAGCCACCCCCACGUGAAGAAAGCCAUCAAUGUCAUAGGUGUGACACUGAAGUUUUCCAACAAGCUGGUAGCUCAGGUAGCCUGUGAUGUCCUUCAGCUGCUGGUGUCUUACUGGCAGAAGCUUCAGGAGUAUGAAUCCUCCCUGUGCCGGAAAAUUACGGAAAUCCUGGUGGCCACCAUCGCGUUCCUCCUGCCUGGUGCUGAAUACUCCUCCAUGGAAGCGGAUAAGAAGUUCAUAGUUUCACUGCUGCUUUGCUUGCUGGACUGGUGCAUGGCACUGCCCAUGAAAAUGCUGCUGGAGCCUGUGUCUGCUGGUGCUGUGGAGGACCAACAUGCAUCCAGAGCUCCUUUGCUGGAUUAUAUUUACAGAGUCCUGCACUGCUGCAUCAAUGGCUCCAGCACCUACACGCAGCAAAGCCACUAUGUGCUGAGCCUGGCCGACCUCUCCUCCUCUGACUACGACCCCUUCCUGCCUCUGGGGAACGUCAGGAGCUCCUCAGAGCCAGCCCAGUGCCCCUCCUCCACCGAUUUGGGCAACCUGCUCACCGUGGCUGAAGAGAAGAGGAGGAGGAAUCUGGAGCUGAUCCCUCUCACAGCGAGGAUGGUCAUGACUCACCUGGUGAAUCACCUGAGCCACUACCCGCUCAGCGGGGGCCCCGCCAUCCUCCACAGCCUCCUGAGCGAGAACCACGACAAUUCCUACGUGGAGUCCUCGGAGCUGUGCUCCGAAGUGUUCCGCAGCCCCAACCUGCAGCUCUUCGUCUUCAACGACAGCACCCUCAUCUCCUACCUCCAGAUCCCCGCCGAGAAGAAGGCGGGCGCCGAGCCGGCGGCGGCGCCCUCGGACGUGCGGGUGAUCGUGCGGGAUAUCUCAGGGAAGUACUCCUGGGAUGGCCGGGUCCUGUACGGGCCUCUGGAGGGCUGCCUGCCGCAGCGCAGCACGGCCACUGCCUUCGCCAUCUCCAGGGACCCGCAGCAGCACGGCCUUGCCCAGAGCGACGGCUCCCAGGUGGAGGAGGGAGAGGACGCCCUGGACCAGCUGCUGGAGAGGAUCGGGAGCAGCAGCCCCGAGUGCCUCCCGCACCCGCAGCGCAAGCUGAACGAGCCGGCGCCGCCGCCCUGCGGGAUGAGCGCCGAGCAGGAGCGCGCCAUCACCGAGGCCCUGCUGCAGCAGAGCGCCCGGGAAAGGGAGUUCAUCCUCAAGUGCGGCUCGGACUGCAGCAUGAGCGUGGCCCGCCAGGAGCCACCGCCUCCUGCCCAGCCCCAGGCCUCCUUUUAUUUCUGUCGGCUGCUGCUCAAUGACUUGGGAAUGAACUCCUGGGAUAGAAGAAAAAGCUUUCAUCUGCUGAAGAAAAAUUCAAAGUUGCUGCGGGAACUGAAAAAUCUGGAUUCCCGCCAAUGCCGUGAGACUCACAAGAUCGCCGUGUUCUACAUCGCUGAGGGACAGGAGGACAAGUGCUCCAUCCUGGCCAACGCCAGGGGAAGCCAGGCCUAUGAAGACUUUGUGGCUGGGCUGGGCUGGGAGGUCGACCUGUCCACGCACGGCGGGUUCAUGGGCGGCCUGCAGCGCAACGGCAGCACGGGGCAGACCGCGCCCUACUACGCCACCUCCACCGUGGAGAUCAUCUUCCACGUGUCCACCAGGAUGCCCUCCGACUCGGAUGACUCGCUGACCAAAAAGCUCCGUCACUUGGGGAAUGACGAGGUGCACAUCGUGUGGUCCGAGCACACCCGCAACUACCGCAGGGGCAUCAUCCCCACCGACUUCGGGGACGUCCUCAUCGUCAUCUACCCCAUGAAGAACCACAUGUUCUUCAUUGAGAUCAUGAAGAAACCCGAGGUGCCGUUUUUCGGUCCCCUCUUUGACGGUGCCAUCGUGACGGCGAAGCUGCUGCCCAGCCUGAUCUGUGCCACGUGCAUCAACGCCAGCAGAGCCGUCAAGUCCCUCAUCCCACUCUACCAGAGCUUCUACGAGGAGAGAGCUUUGUACCUCGAAGCCAUCAUCCAGAACCAUAAAGAAGUGAUGACGUUUGAGGAUUUCGCCGCUCAGGUCUUCUCUCCCUCUCCCAGCUACUCCCUCGGCGGAACUGAUUAGAGUGUUAAUGCUCUCGGUACAGUAACAGCCACAGGCUGCCUCACCACAAGUGCAAGCGCUGACCUCGCUGACACUGCUGGCGUCGAGCUGGUGGAGCUGCCCUUGCUGCCUCCAGGAGCAGGGUCUCUGGGAAGCUCUGCCAGCACCCUCAGCAAG